UUCCACGUCGACCUGCACCCUCGCCAUAUUUUCAACCCAGCGGGUCCCGCAGAUCUGUGAACCCGAAACCUACCGGGAGAGAUUUCUGUGGAGUCAUUUCAGAGCAUUUCACAGUAAAAAACAGAGAGACUUUAACUUCCGGUCAUCCUGCAACAAUGAACAUUUUCAGACUGACAGGAGAUCUAUCUCAUUUGGCUGCUAUCAUCAUCCUGCUACUCAAAAUAUGGAAAACCAGAUCGUGUGCAGGUAUUUCUGGGAAGAGCCAAAUUCUCUUUGCUCUUGUGUUCACGACACGCUACCUGGAUCUGCUCACCUCUUUCAUCUCGCUGUACAACAGCAGCAUGAAGGUGAUCUACAUUGGCUGUUCCUACGCCACAGUAUACCUGAUUUAUAUGAAAUUCAGAGCCACCUACGACGGUAACCACGACAGCUUCAGAGUGGAGUUCCUGGUCGUUCCAGUUGGCGGCCUGGCUGUUCUUAUCAACCAUGACUUUUCUCCUUUAGAGAUCCUUUGGACGUUCUCCAUCUACCUGGAAUCUGUGGCAAUUCUGCCUCAGCUCUUCAUGAUCAGCAAGACGGGCGAAGCAGAGACAAUCACCACCCACUACCUGUUCUGCCUGGGCCUGUACCGGGCCCUCUACCUUUUCAACUGGAUCUGGCGCUUUUACUUUGAAGGCUUCUUUGACAUGAUCGCUAUUGUGGCUGGUGUGGUUCAGACUGUCCUCUACUGUGACUUCUUCUACUUGUAUGUCACCAAAGUGUUGAAAGGCAAGAAACUGAGCUUGCCAGCAUGAGAAGUAACAGACGGCGACUCCCGGCAGACCUGGAGGGGGCGCCCAGAUGACACGGAGUCCCGUGAUGUCCAGCAACGAAUGCCAGAAACAGAGAGCCAACUAUGGUGGGAAAAAACACUAGCCUUUUUUGUUUUGUUUUUUGAUGAUCACUGAUGGAACUGGUAAAUGCCAACCAACACCAGAGCAAACAGCAACCCAGAUCAACUUUUUUUUCUUUUUUUUUGGAUUUCUGUGUUCAGCAUUUUGCCUUAAAGGUCUUAUCAUUGCUGUCGAACGGGUUAUUUUUUUUUUUUAUUAUUAGUAUUUUGUACAUCUGAGGUGUCUUGCGCUUUUUUUUUUUUUUUUUUGCAAAUGGGAUGAGUUUGUGAAAAAAGUGCACAAAAUGUACAGUCUUGUAAAAGAGCGAUGUGCACGAUGAAAGGAAGUUCACUUUCACCACCUUUUGCAGUUAUUUUGCAUUCAUUGUUUCAGUAAUUUUAUGCAUAUAUUAUAUUUUUACUUUAGGCUUGAAGCAAAAAAAAAUAAAAAAAAUCACACGUUUCACCUCAACAUCUUUUGUAAAAACAUUAAAACUUUUGACAUUUUCUUCUUGUUUAGGCGUCCUGUUCUGAAGAGAACUCUAGGGAAUGAUGUUAGACUCAAAACAUAAGAACUGAAUCAGUCGAAUGAAUGCCAGCACUCAAUGUGUCGCAUCAGUAUUUUUCUAACGUUGCUUAUGUCAAAAGGAAAUUUAGAGCUGUUUACUGGUCAUUUUCUGCUUGUUUUAAGAAAAAACAAUUCUAUUCCAAUUUUUAAAAAUUGUAUUUUGGCACAGAACCCCUUUUGUCUUGAAGCACCAAUGUUAGAAUUGUAAGAAUAUCUCCCUGUGCCUUUUUUUAAUUUCCUUUUUUUUUAAUUUUUCGGUUGUUAUGUUUUGAACCAACAAUCUUUUGGUUGUAGGUUGAUUUACAGCAUUAAAACGGUUUAGCAAUCUAUUCAUUUCACAAGCCCUUUGUCAACUUUAACAUUUAUUCUUUUAAAUAUCUUUUUUUUUGCCACAUCACCUCCAAUAAAGAUUUUAUGAGAAUC